AUGGCCGUCCAAAACCGCCUCAAGCUCUGCCUCAUCGGCCUCGGCCGUCUCGGCGCCCUUCGCGCCAAGAUCCUCGCCUUUGAGCAGCCGCGCAUCGAGCUCGUAGCCGUGUGCGACACCAAGCCUGGCGCCGACAAGUGGGCCGCCGCCAACCUGCCACCCUCGGUCAAGUUCUUCGCGACGCCGGACGAGUGCAUGAAGAACAGCGGCGCGCAGGCCGUCCUGAUCUCAACGGCGACGGCUACCCACGCGCCUUUGAUUUGCCUUGCGUUCGACAUGGGCCUGCAUGUGAUGUGCGAGAAGCCCAUCUCUGUGGAUAUCAUCACGACAAAGGACGUUGUUGCCAAGUCUGCGGCAAACCCCCACCUCAAGUUCUUGCUUCCCUUCUCACGGAGAUAUGACGAGUCUUACCGCGUCACGAAAAAGAUGGCAGAGAACGGUCAAUUGGGAGACAUCCAUGCCGUAGAAGCUUCUUGCCUCGACCCUCAGGAUAAGAACGCCUUCUACGUCACCUUCUCCGAGCAGUCGGGUGGUAUCUUCGUGGACGCAGGCAUUCACCUAAUCGAUGUCGGCCGCUACUUCCUCGACGUCGAAAAGAACAUCCCCAACCCCGCCAAGCAAGUCAACCGCGUAGUAGCCUUCGGCCAGCAGUCCGUCUACGGCGAGCUCGCGCGCUUCGGCGACGCCGACAACGCCUGGGGUCUCGUCGAGUUCGCCAACGGCAAGAUCCUGCACACGCGCCUCAGCCGCACCAUCACCAACGGCUUCGAGGCCGCCACGCGCGUCUGCGGCACAAAGGGCCACUCCGUCAUCAACGGCAACUCGACCCUCAACCGCGUCGAGAUCCGCGACGAGCACGGCGUGCGCACCGCCUCCACCCCCGACGCCUUCGCGCUGUACGACAAGACCUUCAUCAACGACAUUGCCGAGUUUGCCACUGCGGUGCUGGAGGACCUCCCGCUGUCGUGCUCGCCGGACGAUGCGCUUGAGGCGGGCAAGAUCGCGUGCGCGCUGCAGCAUUCGUUCCGUCUUGGUGAGCCGGUGUACUUUGAUGAGGCAGGGGAGCCGAUUUUGAAGCCUCUUCCGUCGAAGUAG